CUCAGGUCAUGAUUUUCAUUUUCUCAUGUUGUUCUCUUGAAGAGAGGAAAUGAUUGUAGUGGAACGUGUUACAAAUAAGCCACUGAUACGGAGCCUUCACAGUUCGGAAACGUUCAUAGAAGAGCAAAUAUAGCCCUUUUUUGUUUGUGUUCUGGAAUCUGUCUCGUUAAAAAGGGAAAUAAAAAUGACGACUUCGUCUAUUAGACGGCAGAUGAAGAACAUUGUGAACAAUUAUUCAGAGGCCGAAAUAAAAGUUCGAGAAGCAACCUCUAACGACCCCUGGGGUCCCUCCAGUUCAUUAAUGACUGAAAUAGCAGAUCUGACGUACAAUGUUGUGGCCUUUUCUGAAAUUAUGAGCAUGAUCUGGAAACGACUGAAUGACCAUGGCAAGAACUGGCGACAUGUAUACAAGGCCCUUACUCUGUUAGAUUACCUGAUUAAAACUGGUUCUGAGAGAGUGGCGCAGCAGUGUAAAGAGAAUAUUUUUGCUAUCCAGACAUUGAAAGAUUUUCAAUAUAUUGAUCGAGAUGGUAAAGACCAAGGCAUCAAUGUGAGGGAGAAAUCCAAGCAGCUGGUGUCUCUUCUGAAGGAUGAUGAGCGACUCAAGACAGAGAGGGCCCAAGCCCUGAAGACCAAAGAACGCAUGGCUCAGGUGGCCACUGGAGUGGGUAGCAAUCAGAUCACCUUCGGCCGAGGCUCCAGUCAGCCAAACCUGUCCACCAGUUACUCGGAGCAAGAAUAUGGAAAGUCUGGAGGAUCCCCAGCAUCUUACCAUGGCUCCUCUACGUCCCCUCGAGUUUCCUCGGAGCUCGAGCAGGCCCGGCCUCAGACAAGUGGAGAAGAGGAGCUCCAACUGCAGCUCGCGCUGGCGAUGAGCCGGGAAGUGGCGGAGCAGGAGGAGCGCCUCAGACGCGGAGAUGAUCUGAGAUUACAGAUGGCUCUGGAGGAGAGUCGCAGAGACACAAUUAAAAUUCCCAAAAAGAAGGAGAUUAGUAAUGCUCUUGAUUAAAGCUGAACUUACUCGUGCCCUCAGCAUACCACUUUGUUGGACCUAAUGGAUGCCCUGCCCUCGUCGGCACCGGCCCCACAGAAAACAGAGCCUUGGGGACCUCCUGCUGUUGCAAACCAAACCGAUCCCUGGGGAGGAUCCACAGUUGCAGCUACUGCCUCUGAUCCAUGGCAAUCAUUUGGUGCCAAACCAGCUGCUUCUGUUGACCCUUGGGCAGCACCAGCAGGAUCCACAGCUCAGUCUCUGUCCAAAAAUGUUGACCCUUGGGCUCCUGCUCAGCCAUCUUCUACUGCAGCAAAAUCUUCUGUGGAUCCUUGGGGACCAGCACCUGCAAACAAACCUCUUUCUACUUCUGGAAGUACAUCUUUUGACCUCUUCAGUAAUUUGAAUGGUACAGUUAAAGAUGAUUUUUCAGAAUUUGACACACUUCGAACUUCCAAAAAGCCAGCUGAAUCAGGUUCCACUUUGCCAUCUCAGCAUAGCGGUACCACAAGUCCUGAUCUCUUUGAUUCCCAGCACUCGAGCGUGACAUCAGGCAAACAAAGUGCAGCUCGGAAAACCCCUGAGUCUUUUUUGGGCCCCAAUGCUGCUUUGGUGAACCUGGAUUCACUGGUGUCUAAGCCGCCGCAACCUGUUACUUCACUGAAUCCGUUCUUGGCACCAGGCGCUGCUACAGCACCAGCUCCAAUCAACCCCUUCCAAGUGAAUCAGCCUCAGCCACUCACUCUGAAUCAGAUGAGAGCGAGUCCUGUGAUGGGAACCAGCCCUUCUUUCAGUGCUGUGCCACCGAUAAGCAUGGAGCCAAUACCUCUGUCUUCCAUGGCCCCAGUGCCUGUGGGAAUGGCACCGAUACCAGCUAUGGGCACUAUAACAAGGAUGGGCCAGGGGCUGAACAUGAGCAUUGCAGGAUCCAUGGCCCAACCUCUUCACAGUACAGGAAUCCCGCCAUCAGCAUCCCAGUCUACAAAUACAACUAACCCUUUUCUCCUAUAAAGACCCAAUUAAAGGAACUUUCUUUUAA